GAUAAAUUUAUAAUCAUAAUAAUAAUUGUCGAAACAACUUUUAAAUUUUAACAAUGCAGCAUUAAAAUUAUUGCUAAAAUAAUUUAACGAAUCACCACGUGAUAUAUGUUGAAAGUGCUGAUUGGCUAAUAUGAGUGCAGUCCGUAUAGUAUGGGAUUCAAACUGCUUUGUGUAUGAAUGCAGAAAAAGAAAUUUUAUGUUUGUUGUUCUUUCUGGCUUCUUUACAUUUUUACGCAGUAGCGGAAAGUAUAUUUUAUUUCUUUGGUGGUGUGAACAUUAGUGACAUCGAAAAUGAGUAAAAAAUCUGAAAAUCAUAAAAAUCAACGAAUUCAGGUCUUUGCCCGUUGCAGGCCUUUAAAUAAUAUUGAACGUAAACAGUUCUGUACAUCAGUGGUGGAAGUUAUACCAGAAAAAAAAGAAAUUGUAGUAAAGGACAGAAAUUCAACUAGAGAAUUCUUUUUUGACAAGGUAUUUCCUCCUGAUACAAAACAAAUAUCUGUGUACAAAGCUGUUGUUGGACCACUGAUUCAGGAAGUUCUGAUGGGUUAUAAUUGUACUGUUUUUGCGUAUGGUCAAACAGGAACAGGAAAAACCUAUACAAUGGAAGGUGAAAGAAACAGUACAACAUGUUCUUGGGAAGAUGACCCAGGAGCAGGAAUUAUUCCACGUUCUUUGCAUCAGUUGUUUGAAGAAUUAAAUAAAGAAGAAAAUGUAGAAUUUUCUGUUCGUGUGUCAUUCCUUGAGCUAUAUAAUGAAGAGUUAUUUGAUUUGCUCAGUUCAACCGAAUUGUCCAGAUUGCGCUUAUUUGAGGAUUCUAACCGUAAGGGUUCUGUAAUUAUUCAAGGUUUAGAAGAAAUCAUGGUGAAUAGCAGAGAUGAAGUAUAUGCUAUUUUAGAAAAAGGCACAUCUCGCAGACAAACAGCUGCAACCAUGUUAAAUGCUACGUCUAGCCGUAGUCAUACUGUUUUUUCAGUAACUGUGCAUAUAAAAGAAAAUACUAUUGAAGGAGAAGAACUUUUAAAAACUGGAAAGUUAAAUUUGGUUGAUCUUGCCGGAAGUGAAAAUGUUGGACGUUCUGGAGCUGUUGACAAGAGAGCCAGAGAGGCUGGUAACAUAAACCAGAGCCUUUUGACCUUAGGUAGAGUGAUAACUGCUUUGACUGAGAAACAGCCACAUGUACCUUAUAGGGAAAGUAAGCUAACUAGACUACUUCAAGACUCUCUUGGUGGGCAUACAAAAACAUCUAUCAUUGCUACUAUAUCUCCUGCAUCAUGUAAUAGUGAUGAAAUAAGCACUUUGGACUAUGCUACAAAGGCAAAGAGUAUAACAAUAAAGCCUGAAGUGAACCAAAAAAUGACAAAAAGAGCUCUUAUUCGUGUAAGUAUAAUUAGUUUU